AUGGAUGGCGAUAAAGAAAAUGUUGUUCAAGCUGUUGUAAUAAUGGAUACAUUUAAUAGGAAUCUAAAUCCCAUAUGCACUGAUAAACCUACAGGUUUACUAGCUCUAGCUGGGGUACCUCUUAUUGAUUAUGUUCUGGAGUCGCUUGUAGCUGGAGGAGUAGGAGAAGUUAUAUUGUUCUCUUGUCAAGAACCAUCAAAAGUUAGAGAUUAUGUCAAGAAACGUAAGGAAGAAAAAGUACCAUGGACAUUUUCACUAGAUGUACAGAUAUUGUCCUCUGAAACAUGUCAGACAAUGGGUGAUGUGAUGCGGGAAAUAGAUGCAGCAGGUCUUAUUAGAGGAUACUUCAUACUACUGAAUAUUAAUACUAUAACUAAUGUAAACUUUGCUCAAUUAUUGGAACAACACAAACAAACCUGUAAAAAAGAUAAAGGUGCAGCAAUGACAUUAGUCUACAAAGAAGUUGCAUGGGAUCAUCCUCUUAUAAGUAAUAAUAAUCCUAUUUUUGUGGCAGCUGAUGGUAAUACUAACAAAAUUUUGCUGUAUCAGAAGUAUAAAACAAAAUGCAAGGAUAAUACUUUAUCUUUACCUUUGGAGAGUGUAUUGCAUCAUUCAGAAGUAAAAUUGCAUCAUAAUCUACUUGAUGCAAAUAUUGCACUCUGUUCACCUUCAGUCCCUCCACUUUUUUCUGAUAAUUUUGAUUUCCAAAACAGAAAUGAUUUUAUUCAUGGAAUUCUUAUAAAUGAAGAUAUUCUAGCCAGCUCUUUAUAUUACACUUUAUUGAAGGGAAAUCAAUAUGCAGCAGCUGUAACGAAUUGGAAGACUUAUCAUAUUAUAUGCUUGGAUGUCCUUCACCGUUGGGUUCAUCCAUUAUCUAUUGAAACUGGGUCCUUCUACCAGAACAGUUAUAUCUUUAUGGGCAAGCACAACUAUAUUAAAACAAAUUCUGUGCUCAGCAGAUCUUGCUCUCUUAUUGAGGAUGUUAUAAUUGGAUCAGAAUCCCAUAUAAGUGACAUGUCAUCACUUCGUAAAACGAUAAUUGGUGAUAAAAGCCUUAUUGGAAAAAAUGUUACACUACAAGGAAGUCAUAUUAUGAAUAAUGUUGUUGUAAAAGAUAAUUGUAAAAUUAUAAAUAGUUUUAUUGAUGAUGGCUGUGUUAUAGAAGAGAAUUGCAUUCUUGAGGGUGUGAUAAUUGCUUGUGGAGCAAAAGUAAAUACUGAUUCAAAAUUAAAGGGAAACAUAAUUGAAAAGUCAGUUAAUGACAAAAAUGAAAAAACAUUAUCCAAAUCUACAUCUGAAAGUGGAACAGAAUGGGAAAAUGAAUCAUCUGGUGAUGGUGACGAGGAGUUUGUUGGUUUUGAGAAACAGUGGAGUGAUAGUGAAACAUGUUAUUCAUCAGACUCCAGUGCUGAAUCCUCAUUACCUAAUUCACCAGUUCCUGAUGAUAUAAACAUUUUCCUUCAAGAGGUGAUUGACAGUUUAGCAAGAGGUUAUGAAGAGAAAUUAAAGUGUGAUUACCUUAUAUUAGAAAUCAACUCCUCAAGAUAUGCAUACAAUAUUCAAUUAAAUGAAGUCAAUUUCUUUGUUGUGAGAGCAUUACUCAGUUUGCCUAUUCUGGUGGAUAGCAAGAAUGUUCUUGUCACAGUGAAAGAUAUAUUGAAGUUUUUCCAUCCUGUUUUAUCUAACUAUAUUAAGACAAAAUCGUCAACAAUGGACUGUCUACGAGCUGUUGAGGACAGCUGCAUUAAAAAUGAAUGGCUUAAUGAUAAAGCCGGUCAAGUGGUACAUUUGCUGUAUAAUGCAGAUGUUAUAGAUGAAGAUUCUUUAUUAGAAUGGUAUGAGGAUUUGAAAGAGGAGGAAAGUGAAAUUGUAAAUCAAACAUCACUUGUUAAGUUCUUUGAGUGGCUCAAUCAAGCUAGUGAAGAAAGCGAUGAAUCUGAAUAA